ACUCUGUCAGACAAGGGUCCCAAACCUCCUCCACAAGAAUGGACAUUUUGGGGAACCACAGUCUUGACUCAUGGAAUAGUUUGAAGAAGCAUUUGCUGUAGGGGCUUUAGGAGCAUCAGUCUGCAGUAGCACACCUCUUCACUAUUUUUUUUCGGUCUUUCACCCCAGUUUCACCUCAUUCUCUCCUGCAUACCCUUCUCUCUCUCCCUCCCCCUCUCUCCCUCUCCCUGCUUCUCUUUCUUCUUUACUCUGCUGUUCUUGGACUCGUUUAUUUGACCCUGGUGCAGCAGAGCUGGUGGGAAAGCACCAGGCUAUAUCUGUCGGCUGCUGAGGUUGGACCUGCUUCAUGGUGGAUGACUUUGGAUCAUUUGUUGGGUUUACCUAAUCCCCCCCCCCUGCUCCUCCUGCCUCCUCAGCACCUCUGCGCUGAACAAGGUUCCAGUGAAACCUUUUGUCUGGUUUCAUUUGCCUGAGCUCUCAACAAAAAGAAACAUGGACUUCACCUGCAGAACAACUCCCUCAGUCCUGUAUUAUUGGAGUUGAAGAAUUGAACUGGAUCCAAAGCUCCGGCCAAACUCUGCAGCUCUGCCUCGUUUCCAUCCGAAGCCUUAAGUUUUCAGAGUGACUUCCCUGUUGACAAGACCGCCCUGGUCAAGAGCGUUUCAGAUACAGAUGCCAAACGUCUGGUCGUCCUUCCCAAGGUUUCAGAGUUGAAGAAACACUUUGAGGCUCCCGUCACAAAGGAUUUGGAGAUGAACAGAAAGGAGAGGAUAGCCCGGCGUCUGGAGGGGAUGGAAAGUGAUGCUCCUCCUGCUCUGGUACCCGGUGGUUUGGUAGCCAACAGAAUGCUGGAGGAGGAUCCACCGCGGUACACCCGCGCCUCAGACCCCUGUGAGCCUUGUGGGAUGGUGAGGCGCUACAGUCGAGAGGAUUUUGACGCACCCCAGAAGAAGAUGUCAUCUUUAGACAGGUCACCUCAGGUCAAAGGUGGAGUUGGUGGCAGUGGACGUUCAGACCCAAAGUUGGUGUAUGUCGACCCGGUAACGUUGUCCACCUCCUCUACACCCACAUCUGGCCCCACAGACCCCUCCAGCCUCAGUUCCAAGGCUGAGCGCAUAGCCCGCUACAAAGCAGAGCGCCGCCGGCAGCUGUCAGAGCGCUACGGCAUCCUCCUGGAUCAGGAGGCGGACAUCGACCUGACACCAAGACACCGUUCCCGCCAAGGGCCUGAGACCUCUGGUCGACAGACAACUGCCAGGCGAGACAGAGAUGGACAGGAAUCAGAAGAAGUGGGACGGGACCCCAGGGUGCCAUACCGCUCUGGAGUGGGCAAGGUUUACAUGAGGACUCAUCCAGAUGCUGCACCUGUUAACACAUCAAACCCUGCCCACCCAACCCCAGCUCCUCCCCCCACACAGGAAAGACAGAGCAGAUAUUCUGAGCGGGAAAGAGCGAUGAACAUGGAGAACUACCGGCGUGGGGGAGCCCAAGAGCGCAGAACCGCUUUAAGAUCCAGAACCCAGGAAGCGCAUCCGCCCCAGCCCCAAAAACCACAGAACCCCCAACACCACCAAGACGCUGACCACCAGGAGCCAAGCCCUGCCUCAACAAGGGAUUACAGCAUCGCAGCAGUGCCCAACUCUCCUCGCAGCGCCCGCCGGGCAUCCCUGCCCUCCACCCGCUACGGCAUAUCACCUGGGGAUUUGUUCAUAGAGCAGCAGGCCCAAAGCAUCCUAAACAGACAGGGAAUCCGAGCAAGGGAACGAUUGUCCAGAGAUGAAACUGCCCAGAGGCCCCCUGACUGGAGUCCAGACAUGAAUCAGGUUAACAGACACCGCACUCAAAGCAACACUGCUCAGUUUACGCCCCAGCACGCAGAAUCCACCCAGCAAAGGACUGUUCACCAGCCUCAGCCCAGCCCUGGCCACCAUCCUUCUCAUGGGCAGACAGCCUACCCUUCCACUCCUCUGGAGUACCGACAUUCUGGUGCUGCUGUUGACUCACAGCCCUAUUUGGGUAUGCCUGCCCCAGCUGCUACUGCCAAACUUCCUGGACCUCCUGAGGUACUACCACGAAGGAGAGUGAGUGCCGACCAAAUCCAUGCCGCUCACAAGGAGGCAAGAUUAGAGGCCAGGCAGGCCCUGAAAGAAGAGGCCCAUACAGAGGGCCUGCUUAAGAGUAGGAAAGCUGUGCUGCCUUCGGAGAUCCGCCGGAGAGAAAAGAGUGUGGAUGAUCCUCACAGAGGCCGGCAUGAAGAUAUGGACUGGCAAAACUACAGCCCAGAACAGAGGAGGAUGAGUCAAGGCGAGGAAGACUGGGAUUGGGACAAAACGAGGGAGAGGGGGAGAGAGAGAAAUGUUGAGAGGAUAAGGGAAAGGGGGAGACAGAAUCUUGACAGCCAAGAGGACAGAAUAUUUAAAUCUUUGCAGCCUUCCCACUCACCUGUACGGCAGCAGCAAAGGGAGCAUCGAUCCUCAGAGACUAUGUUCCAUCAAGAGCCCCAAAUUCCAUAUGAAGAGCCCCCAAUGCAGCAACAGUUUGAACCCAGUAAGAGGCAACAUGUUGCUCAAAUUCAGCAGUCAGACCCAAGGCAGCACCAGUAUGACCAGUCGAGACAGCCGCAAGAGCCUCAAAGACAACAACCCUUUCAAAUUAGGCAGGAGUACAUGCUCCAACCACAAGUACCUCCAAGUCAGCAACAAGACCUUGAGAAAAGAACAGAUUCAAGACUAGACAAAGAGUUUGAGCCUCAGAGGGCGCAGCAGCAGGAUCCUUCAGAGCAACAGAGGUUUGACUCGGCUGCCUACCACCAGAAGGUUUCUUCUUUGCCUCAGGUCAAAAGCAGAAGCAUUGAGCUCGGUGGAGGGCCCAAACCAAAGACUCGAACACGCUCCAUGUCAGAUAUAGGUAUAAGUGAGCAUUCUGCUAUGUAUCGUAUGGAGAGGGCAGCAGCCAGCCGGGACGCAUCCAGAGCCAUUCCAUCUGCAGGGGUGGCUAACGGGGAUUUGGGCACGCUGGACACCAGGGUGUCGGUAGCACAGCUGAGACACUCCUAUCUGGAAAAUGCCAACCGGAAACCUGAGUUUGAGGCCACUAAAGUAGAUCUGUCAGCAGUGGAGGUAGAUCCAGCUAGUGGCAGUGAUCGAGACAGGCCUGCUCGGAGGCCUCGUCGCUACAUCACUCCAGGAGACAGUCGCUUGUCGGAGAGGUUUAGGACCCAGCCCAUCACCUCUGCAGAGCGUUUGGAGUCUGAUAGGUCACGUCUUAGCCCAUCACAGCUACAGGAUCCUGACGAUGAAGAGAAGCUUGACGACAGAGCCAAGAUGAGUGUGGCUGCCAAGAGGUCUCUCUUCAGGGACUUGGAGAGGAUAUCAGACGGGAGCGUUCCCAAACCACGUUCUCGAAACGCUGCUGUGGAGAGGCGUCUAAGAAGAGUUCAAGACCGAUCACAAACGCAGCCUGUCACCAACAGCGAGGUGGUCAAUGCCUCAAGUGACGAUGCCACUUUGCUGCAAGCUGUGCACACUCACACAGCUGUAGCUCACAUUCCCAGCUCCACUGUCGUCAACACAAGUGUGACAAACAACAGCAUGCAGGCCUCCCCCCAGCCGGUCUCAGCAGUGAAGGAGAAGGAUGCGGAGGAGCACCAGAAACCAGCUCCGGCUCCUCGUGUCGGGGGGGAGGGCGAUGGCCAGGAACUCGUCUCAGAUGAGCCUGACCUGUCCAGCCUCACCCUGGCGGAGAAGAUGGCCCUCUUCAACCGCCUUGCUCACAUUACAGACAAGCCCAGUGAAGGGGCCCAUGGGGACACCCGCCAGCGCAGGGCCAACGCCCGCUUUCAGACCCAGCCUAUCACUCAAGGAGAAGUGCGGCAGGAAGCUGAGCGACCUGUCAACGACGACUUAAGGGCCAAUCAGAGAGACCAUCUGAAGCACGGAGCUGAGAUCAGACUGGAGCCUCUGUCGGCGUCUCUGGUUCGAUCGGUGGCAGCAGUCACCUCCCAAGCGGCUGUCGCCCCAGUAACCAUUAAGCCAGGCAGCAGCAGUGUUUGUGACGAUGACGGCCUCCGCCCAGGGAAGUCCACCACCAUCCCCUACAUCCCUGCCCAACAACAGGCUUCCAGCAACACCAGCAGCCACCAGGAGAGAGCGCUAAGGUAUUUCUCCAUGACCCAGAGCAGGGACCCCGGCCGCCCUGAGCCUGAGCUCACCUCCUCCCCUCUCCUCCCUGAGAGCCAGGAGAGAGUGGGGGCUCCUCCUGCUCCCAUCUCAACUGCUGCUCACAGGCAGCAGCGGGAGGCUGUGGAGGAGGGCUGGAGGGAGUAUCAAGAGGAGGAGGUUAGGGGUAGACGACAGGGAGGAGCCACAGAAGACAGCCAAGGCGGCAACAUUAAGGAGAGGCUGCACUCCCCCGACAAGGAUUGGGACGGCAGGCAGCAUCAGCAUCCCCAGCAUCAGCACCCUGCCGAGCCCUCUUUGUGGAGGGGCGAGUCAGAGCCUCUGUCCAGCUGGAGAGCUGCAGACAGAGAUCCAGAGGGAGGAGGAAGAGGAGGCUACCUGAGAGAGGCUGCAGCCGUGCAUAGCUCCUCCACACGGGAGCAGGAGAGGAGCAGUGGCCGGAGCCAGACAGGCGUCUCAGAUCAAUCUGCACCACUGAGGCCACUGGCAACUAAAGUGUCCUCCAGGACAGUGUCUCACGUGUCCAGCAGCCAGCAGCAGCAGCAAGCUGUGAACCAGUCUCCUCAAACUCUUCCGAAACCCUUCACACAGCCACCUCCUGCGACUCAGCCCAAACCACUGUCCAUCAUCCAGCCCCAGCCGUACUCCCAGCACUCCCAGCCCCCACCAACAUAUCCGAAACCUUUCAUCCAGUCCCCUCAGACUCAGCCCAAACCUCCGGGAUUCGUCCAGCCUCUUCCGAAGCCUUACCCACAGACAGCCCCCCAGCCUCCGCCCAAACCCCAGGUGCCUCCACAGACACCACCCAAGCCCCAGUCCUUCCCCAAGGCCCUGGUCAAGUCCCAGUCCCUGACCCUGGACAACAGUGAGGACUUCAGCAGGGACAGUGUCCAGUCUGGAGAUCUGCUGUCCCCCACAGACUCUGGAGAUCUACUGUGUGACGGCAUGUCCAGCAAACAGAUGUCCAUCAGGGAGAGAGUGGCGCUGCUGAAGAAGAGCGGUGAGGAGGACUGGAAGAACAGGAUCAACAAGAAGCAGGAAGUGGUGAAGGUAGCGUCCGCUGAGCAGCCGGAGCCGGCGUGGGAGCCGGAGCCGGAGCCGGAGCCGGAGCCGACCCACCAUGAGAAGGAGGAAGAGGUGGUCGUUCAGGAAUACUCUGCUGUGUCCGUGUCCGAACAGCUCUGGGAACCCGUCUUCUCCUCCACCUAUUCUCCUCCUAUCUCACUUGGCCAAAAGUGUCAGUAUAUUGAGCAUCCCGGUCAGAAGGUGGGAGAGGACGUUGACGCUCAGAUGACCAUUGAGGAGAGGAAACUGAUGAUUUCCACUCGUGAGGAUGCCUGGAGGACGAAGGGCAGAGGAGCAGCCAACGACUCCACCCAGUACACGGUGGCUGCACGGAUGGUGAAGAAAGGCCUUGCAGCCUCCUCCUCGGUUAUCAGUCCCAUCCUGUCACCAGUGUCCACCAAGCUCAAGAGCAACAUGCCGGCUGUCAGCAAACCACAAGAGGAAAUUGAGGCUCGGCCCGAAAUGGAAUCGGAUAAGAAGCUUGACAAGUUGGAGAGUUUCUUGGGACGUCUCAAUAGCAAAGUGGCCGGUCUGCAGGAAACAACAAUAACAGUGACUGAGAAGGCCGUGAAGGAGGUGAUGAAGCUGGACGACGAAAUCUUCUCCAAGUUCUACCGACGCGUUGCUGAGUUUCCACGCAUGCCGACCAGGAUCGAGAUCAGUGAGGACUUCGAUAGCAUCUUCGGCUCUCAGGGGCCCAAGUUAACUUCGGCCAUGGUGCAGCACAAGCGGUCGGUGCGUCCGUCCAGGAACGUCCAGUCGUCCAGAAACCCUCUGAAGAUUCUGGCAGCCAGAGAGGACAUCAGACACGAGUACACUGAGCAGAGGCUCAACGUAGCUCAGCUGGAGAGCAAGAGGAUGAAGGCUGAGAAGAAGCCGUGUUUUGGUAAAACCCUGUCCUCUCUCGUUGCAGUGACUAAAACCUCAGAGUACUCUGAAGCCGCUCUGGCAGGUCUGGCCAGUAAAGAGAACUUCAGCAGCGUGAGUCUCCGCAGCGUCAACAUCUCGGAGCAGAUGUCCAACAACAGCGCCGUGCCGUACAAGAACCUAAUGCUGAUGCAGGUUAAAGGUCGUCGUCACGUUCAGACCAGAUUAGUGGAACCCAGAGCGUCAUCGCUGAACAGUGGAGACUGUUUCCUGCUGGUGACUCCGGAGCACUGCUUCGUCUGGAUCGGAGAGUUCUCAAAUGUGAUCGAGAGGGCGAAGGCGAUAGAUCUGGCCACUUUCCUCCAAACCAAGAAGGACAUGGGCUGCAGGGCCAACCAGGUGCAGACUGUGGAGGAGGGAGUUCACCCACAGGGUCCAGACCACCAGCUCUUCUGGACCAUCUUAGGAGGACAGUCGGCUUAUCAACCUGCGGGUCCACCGGAGGAGGAUGAGCAGUUUGAAAACGGCAUCGUGGAAACCAACUGUAUCUUCAGGCUGCUGGACGACAAACUGGUCCCUGAUGAUGAAGAGUGGGGGAAGGUCCCUCACAACUCGCUGCUGGCUUCCAAAGAGGUGCUGGUGUUUGACUUUGGCAGUGAGGUGUACGUGUGGCACGGGAAGGAGGUGACUCUGGCCCAGAGGAAAGUGGCCUUCCAGCUCGCCAAGCACCUCUGGAACGGUACGUUUGAUUACACCUGCUGUGACGUCAACCCGCUGGACCCCGGCGGCUGCAACACACUCAUACCCAGAAAGGGCCAGGGCCGUCCUGAUUGGGCGAUAUUUGGCCGGCUGACAGAGCACAACGAGACGAUCCUGUUCAAGGAGAAGUUCAUGGACUGGACCGAAGCGAAGGCGGUGACACCAAAGGAAGGCGGCGAGCUGGUACCUGAGCAGAAGGAGGCACCGGGGCGAGAGUGCCAGCCCUACGACGCCACCCUGAUGCUUCCCUUCCUGCAGACGUCCAUUUCCACCAUCUUGGACGGAGUAAACGUGGGCCGUGGUUACGGCCCGGUGGAGACCGAGGACCACAUGAGGAUCCAGGAGCUCAGCACGGUGUCGGUGGACGUCUGGCACAUCCUGGAGUUCGACUACAGCCGCCUCCCACGCCAGAGCAUUGGUCAGUUCCACGAGGGAGACGCCUACGUGGUCAAGUGGAAGCACAUGGUCAGCACCUCAGUUGGUCGCCGACAGAACCCUGAGGCGAGGAGCACCGGACCGGGGAAAGAGAAAUGCUGCUACUUCUUCUGGCAGGGCCGACACUCCACCGUCAGCGAGAAGGGGACGUCAGCACUGAUGACGGUGGAGCUGGAUGAGGAGAGGGGGGCUCAGGUUCAGGUGCAGCAGGGGAAGGAGCCUCCGUGUUUCCUUCAGUGCUUCAACGGAGGGAUGAUCAUCCAUGCUGGCAAAAGGGAGGAGGAGGAGGAGAACACUCAGAGUGAUUGGCGUCUGUACUGUGUCCGGGGCGAGGCGCCGGUGGAAGGCCACCUGCUGGAGGUGGCGUGCCACUGCAGCAGCCUGCGCUCCAGGGCCUCCAUGAUCCUGCUGAACAUCAACAAGGCCAUCAUCUACCUUUGGAACGGCUGCAAGACGCAGCUUCACACUCGCAGCGUGGGAAACACGGCUGCGCUCAAAAUCAAAGAACAGUGCCCUCUGGAAGCAGGUCUCCACAGCAGCAGCAAGGUGACCAUCCAUGAGUGUGAUGAGGGGGUGGAGCCUCCAGGCUUCUGGGAGGCCCUGGGCAGAAAGGACAGGAAGGCGUACGACUGUAUGCUGCAAGAUCCCGGUAAAUUCAACUUCACCCCACGACUCUUCCAGCUGAGCAGCACAUCUGGAGAAUUUGUGGCAACCGAGUUCUUCCACCUGUCCAGAGCUCCGGACCUGGUCAGCUCGCUGCCUUUCCUGCAGGAGGACUUGUACAACGCACCACAGCCUGCUUUGUUCCUGGUGGAUAACUUCCAUGAAGUCUACCUGUGGCAGGGCUGGUGGCCUCAGGACAGUGGGAGCACCGGCUCGGCUCGUAUCCGCUGGGACUCGGACAGGAAGUGUGCGAUGGAGACGGUGCUGCAGUACUGCAAAGAGAGAAACGAGAAGAAACCUCAGAAGUCGUAUCUGAUACACGCGGGUCUGGAGCCGCUCACCUUCACCAACAUGUUUCCCAGCUGGGAGCACAGGGAGGACGUGGCUGAGAUCACAGAGAGGGAGGCGGAGGUCUGUCACCAGAUCAUCCUGGUGGAGGACGUGUUGGCCCGGCUCAGUCAGAACACCUUCCCUCUGGAUCAGCUCCAGGCCCGGCCGCUCCCUGAGGGGGUCGACCCCCUCCGUCUGGAGCUCUACCUCUCCGACCAGGACUUUCAGAACGCGUUGGAGAUGAAGAGAGAGGAAUACGAAGGUCUGCCAGGGUGGAAGCAAGUGAACCUGAAGAAAGCCAAAGGACUGUUUUAAGUUUGAACCCAAGAUGGCGCGUGAAGAGUGGAGCAGCACAGAUGGAGAAACAGGAAGUGUCACAUUAACCUUUAAAACUUUGAGUGUUAACUCAUGGGGACGCUGGUGACGGAAGAGGUCACAGAGUCCUGAGGAAGGAAACCGGAACCUGAGGAGAACCGGACCCUGAGGAGAACCGGACCCUGAGGAGAACCAGAACCAUAGGAGAACCUACACUAGCCCGGAGACGCACUCGCCUUGCUUAUAGUCACGUUUUACUUCUCAACUUUGUUAUUAAGGAACAGAACUAAAACUCAAGUGGUUUCAACCGAAGGUACAAACAAACUGCACCUUGCUGUGGUUCAUACGUGGUGUGUGUGUCUUUGGAGUCUCCUCCGAACACUUGACGUCACCUCUCGUGGACGCUCGGUGUCAGAGUGCCAUGCUAUGAUUGUGUACGUACGUGUGUGUGCGACUGUAUAUAAUGUUUGUGAGUGUGCGUACUGUUCAUUUGUGUAAAUGUGUGUUUAGGCGCGUUUUUGUAUUUAUGUAAGAAAAAAAAAGAACAAUCCUGUCAUGUCAGGUGUUGUGUUUUAUUUUGUCUACAGUGUCCGGAUGCCGUCAGGCCGCGUAGGGAACUCGUGUCGCUCGGCCGUGACGCGGCUCUGACUCAGCGAGAGCAGAGUUGUAACUGAACGGUUUGACUUUGACGAGAGGAGACGCAGCAGCUCGCUGAAUCAGAAUGUAUAGUGCCUUGCUUUUUGUGUACAGUUUAUAUACAGAAAUCCUAGUCUGCAUUUUUAAAGACUUUCUUUGUGAUAUAAGACAUAGUGAAAUAAAAUCACAUUAAGGCUCAAAUCA